AUGUACAUGGAUUUUGCUGUGUACCCAGAACACCUCCUAAAAGACGUCCUCUUCCCCCAGGACGCAUACACCCCCGACGGAACAUACUGGGCCGACCUCCCCUUCUGGCCCCGAGUCCACUGGAUCAACGCCCAAAACUCUGCCGAAACAAAACGCGAAUUGGCAGCCCUAUGGGCGACCUUCAAAAAUGAUCCCCUCGACCCCAUUCGGAUUUACUUCAAGAAGUAUGUUAUGACCGGGAUGGGGUUGUUUGUUGAGGGAUACACGCUUUUCAGUGUCGGGAAUAUCAAACCCUUGUUUCAGGUUGUUUGGCCAGCGUGUUGGAGUACUUUCGCAGUCUGCGACCGGACAUGGACCCACGCAGUCGAAUACCUCGAAAUCGUCGGUAUCAUCGUCGGGCAGAUCUACGUCGGUAUCAUCGGUGACUGGAUCGGGCGCCGAAUGGGAAUGAUCCAAGAUGCAGCGAUCAUGACACUCGGCUGUAUCCUCCUCACAGGAAUGUGGGGAACGAGUUUGAAUGGGUGGGUCAUCAUGUAUGCACUCUCGCUCAUGUUUUACUCUGUCGGUGUCGGAGGCGAGUACCCAAUGACAGGCAUCUCCGCAAUGGAAACAUCCUCCCUCCGAUCCUCCUCCGACGACAAACUCCACCGCGGCCGGAACGUCUCCCUAGCAUUCCUCAUGCAAGGCUGGGGCCAACUCGCGAACCAAGCUAUCCUCAUCGUGGGCAUGUUGGCAUUCCAUGGUGGUGCGAGUGAGCCUUACAGUAAACUCGCGACACAGUGGACGUUUAGGGUGAGUUUUGCGGCGGUGGGGGUUGUUACCGCAUACCUCCUCUACCACCGAAUUUACCACCUCAAAUUCGCGGACCAAGCACUCCGCAUCUCGAAGAAGAAGCAGAAAGUCACCGGGUAUGACGUACAGUCCCUCAAACUCGUAUCUACGCACUACUGGCACCGACUCGUGGGUACCGCGGGGGGAUGGUUCGCCAACGACUUUUUCUUUUAUGGGAACAAGAUUUUCCAAGGUGUCUUUCUGAGGAUCAUCACGCCUGAUGCCUCGGUUAUGGAUUUGUGGUUGUGGAAUUUGGUCAAUAUUGGGUGUUCGCUCGCUGGGUACUACCUCGCCGCACUCCUCAUCGACCACAAACUCUACGGCCGGAAACACAUGCAAUCCGUCGGAUUCUUGGUCCAGUUUAUUUUGUUUAUCAUCCCGGCUGCGAUGUACGAUACACUCCGCACACCCGGGACCCCGAUCAAGAUCUUUCAGUUCUUAUACUUUUUCUCGAGUUUCUGGCAGCAGUUUGGACCUAAUUCGACGACGUUCUUGCUUGCUGCGGAAGUCUAUCCCGCACCUGUUCGCGCUUCUGCCCACGGAUUCUCGGCUGCGUGCGGGAAAUUGGGAGCACUGAUCCCGACAAUCAUCUACAACUACGUUCCCAACCACACCAAAUUCUGGAUCGUGACAUGGUUUGGUCUACUAGGGCUCGGUUGCACAGUCCUCUUCAUCCCCGACACGACUGGUUUGGAUUUGGUCGAGCAGGAACGGUAUUGGACAUAUGUCCGUGAAGGCCGCGAGCAGGAAUAUCAUGGUAUCGCUAUCCAUCCUCGGCAUCUGAGUUGGUGGGAACGGGUUGUGUUGAAGAGGGAUAGGGGGUAUGAUCCGGUGAAGGAUCGGGAGGCGAAGAUUAGGGAGUUGAGGGCGGUUUAUGAGGCUGGCGCAUGGAUGGGGAUGAAAAGGAAAAGGCAGAGCAUUGAGGAAGCGAAGCAUGAACACGACGAGCAUUAACAUUGUCAUUGGCGUUUGCGGGAACAUUUUAUUUAUAGAGGGGACUUCUUGGUGUGAAUUGAAAAAGUUUGAUUCGUUUGGAAUGGAAUGUAACUGCGAAAUAUCAAAUGCUCCUGUAUCCCGU